AUGACUAUUGAAUCUUGGCAGACUUUGGUUCAGAAGAAGCAAGAUGAAGCUGCUGCUAAAAUCCCGGCUGCCUGGUGUCUGUCUUCUGAGUAUACCAACAUUUCGGAGACAGCUAACACCAACGUCAUCGAUGUUCCACGUCGCUGUGGCAUCCUGUCGCCGAAACAGCUCGAGAUCACCGAGAAUUAUGAUGCGACAGCUCUUCUAGAACUGCUUCAUAGUCAGAAGCUAUCCGCUUAUGAAGUCACCGAGGCGUUCUGUAUUCGUGCAGCUAUUGCGCAGCAGGUGACACACUGUCUUACAGAGACUUUUUUUGAUCAAGCUCUGCAGCGUGCAAAAGAGUUGGAUGAGCACCUACAGAGCACUGGAAAACCAAUCGGGCCACUCCAUGGCCUACCGAUUAGUUUCAAGGAUUGCUUUAACAUUGAGGGAAUUCCUUCGACCAUUGGUUUCACAGCAUUCAUUGAACAUGGCCCUCUGAAGUACAGCUCGGGUACUGUCCAGAUUCUAACAAAGCUGGGAGCCAUUCCGUACGUGAAAACAAAUAUCCCACAAACCAUGAUGGCUGCUGACUCGCACAACUACGUUUUUGGCCGAACUCUCAAUCCGCAUCGCCUGAGCCUCACAGCUGGUGGAUCAUCCGGUGGUGAAGGUGCUUUGAUCGCGAUGCGAGGAUCGUUAUUGGGCAUUGGCACUGACAUAGCCGGUUCAAUCCGAAUUCCCGCUAUUUGCAACGGCACUUUUGCUCUCAAGCCUACCUCUGAUCGCAUUCCCUACGGUGGACAGACUGGAACUUCGCGAGGCGGUCUAAUGGGAAUCAAACCAUGUGCUGGUCCAUUGGCAACCUCUGUUCGGGACCUGGAGCUGCUUAUGCGGGUCAUGACCAAUGAAGACCCUUGGCAGGUCGAUGCAUCUGUAAACUUCGCCCCAUGGCGUACUGUGACGGCCAAAUCGACACUUCGGCUGGGUCUGAUUCAAGAGGAUCCCCAUUUCCUGCUUCAUCCACCCGUUCUGCGGACUCUGACCCAGGCGACGGAACGAUUGAAACAAGCCGGACAUGAGAUUGUUCCGCUGUCUACCUCAUCUAUCCGAGAUGCAUGUGCAUUGGCAUUCCGCAUGUUUGCCAUGGACCCAGCUCAAACCGCGUUCCAACAUAUCGCUAAAAGUGGAGAGCCCACCAUCCCGGCACUGUCUUCAACUAAUCUCCCCCACGAAUACAUGCCAUACGAGUAUGCACCUCUGACUCUUGAAGGCCUGUAUGACUUGAACGAGCAGCGAAAUAACUUGAAAGAUGAAUUUCGCGCUCUGAUCACAAAGCAAAAUAUCGACGCAAUCAUCAUGCCAGGCUAUCAAGGAACCGCUCAAGCCCACGAUCUAUAUGGGUUCCCUCUGUAUACGGUUCUGUGGAAUGUCAUGGACUAUCCCGCAUGUAUCAUUCCGUUCGGCAAAGCAAACCAGACAGCCGAUGCAACAUUUACUCGAGACGUUGAAUACAGGCCCCCCUUCUCACCAGAUGCAGUUGAAGGUGCUCCUUGCUGUAUCCAGGUUGUUGGAAGACCUAUGCGAGAGGAAGAACUGCUUCAGGCUACCCAGACAAUUGCGAAGGUUCUUCAAGAUUAA